UGCGUGCGAGAAGGGCGAGCAGUGGCAGCAGGCUCUAUCGCUGCUCAGAGAGAUGUGGGAAAAGAAGUUGGAUCCCGACGUCAUCACCUUUAGCGCUGGGAUCAGCGCGUGCGAGAAAGGCAGGCAGUGGCAGCAGGGUAUUUCGCUGCUCAGCGAGAUGCGGGAGGCGAAGGUGGAGCCGAACGCCCUUAUCAGUUACUCCGCGAGUAUCAGCGCUUGCGAGAAGGACGAGCAGUGGUAG